AUGCCACACUCUCUUGUGAAAGAUGACCAUUCGACCGAGGAUGCUUUGAUCCAAGAGCUUCUCAACCAAGCAGAAGCUCGGCUUCAGUCUUCUAUUUCGCCGGCUGAGAAAUCCUUGACAGCCACCGCUCCAAACGAUGUCCAAGCAAAGCUACCUGCAUUGUCCGCAGGCACCGGUUUGAAGUCUUACGUGCAACGAGAGGGUGAAAUCUCAGUUUUGAACUCUGCUCAAACAACUCCUCAUGCCGCCAUUCAGCCUCCAGAAGUAACCUUUCGUUCUGGAGCUGAUCAAGCCAUUCAGAAAAAGGAAGAUGCUGGCAGCGAUUGGUUCAACUUGCCCAAGACCAACAUGACGCCGGAACUCAAGAGGGAAUUUCAAUUACUUCGCAUGCGCAAUGUCUUGGAUCCCAAACGGCAUUACAAGAAGGAGGGUGGAAGCUCAAUUAUACCUGAAUAUUCUCAGGUCGGCACCAUCGUUGAGGGGCCUACCGAGUUCUUCAAAUCCCGCGUUGUGAAGAAGGACCGCAAGAAGACUUUUCUCGAGGAGGCCCUGGCCACAGAGAACGAGUACGGGCGUUUCAAGUCCAAGUACAAUGAUAUUCAGACCGCCAAAACGAGUGGGAAGAAAGCCCACUACAACCGUGUACAGGCCAAGAGACGACGCUGA